AUGGUGGUUAAAGUGGUGUCUAGUCAAGUAGCUAUCAAUUAUCGUGUUCGUUUGAUAGCAUCAAUUGAUUGCAUAAGAUUUCUUGUGCAUCAAGGAUUAGCAUUUCGUGGUCAUGAUGAAUCAACAAACUCACUCAAUCAUGGUAAUUUUCUUGAACUGUUAAGAUUUCUUGUUGUCCAUAAUGAGGAUAUCAAUAGAGUUACACUAGACAAUGCUCCCUCAAAUCUCAAAUUGACAUUGCCUGAUAUUCAGAAAGAUAUUAUCAUAUCCAUUGCUUAUUUAACCACUAAUUCUAUUCUUGGAGAUCUCGAUGAUGAAUUAUUUACUAUAUUGGUUGAUGAGGCUCGUGAUAUAUCUAUUAAAGAACAAAUGGCAGUUGCUUUACGGUUUGUAGAUGAAAGGGAAAAUAUUGUUGAACGCUUUCUAGGCAUUGUACAUGUAAGCGACACUACUGCCUUAUCAUUUAAAACUGCUAUUGAUUCUUUGUUGUGCCAACAUGGAUUAUCUAUAUCUAAUUUACGGGGGCAAGGAUACAAUGGAGCUAGCAAUAUGAGAGGAGAAUUCAAUGGCUUAAAAAUCUUAAUUAUGAUGGAGAGCCCAUCUGCUUAUUAUGUUCAUUAUUUUGCUCAUCAACUGCAACUUACACUUGUAGCUGUUGCUGAAAAUCACAUAAGAAUUUCUACUUUUUUUGGUAUGGUUGCACAAUUGAACAAUAUUGUUGGAGCGUCAUGCAAGCGAAGAGAUAUACUUCGUGAGAAACAAUUUGAAAAAGUUAUUAAAGGAAUUUACAAUGGUGAUAUUUUCACUGGACAAGAUAUGAAUCAAGAGAUGACAUUAAAAAGAGCUAGGAGCACAUGUUGGGGUGGACAUUAUAAUACAUUGUUAAGUUUGAUAUGCUUGUAUCCUUCAGUUAUUGAUGUCCUUUUAUUUGUUGAAGAGGAGGGAAAAGAUCACAAGCAAAGGGUGCAAGCAAAUAGUCUGUUGAAAUUGAUUGGAAAAUAUGAAUUUAUAUUUCAAAUGCACUUAAUGAAGAAUAUCUUGGGAGUCAUGAAUGAUUUGUCGCAAGCUUUACAAAGAAAAGAUCAAGACAUUGUAAAUGCCAUGAUUCUUGUAAGAUCAAGCAAACAUCAACUGCAAACUAUGAGAGAUGAUGGUUGGGAUUUGUUACUGAAUGAAGUUUCUUUAUUUUGUGUUAAGUAUAAGGUAGUCACCCCGCACAUGGAAGACUUGUUCGUCUUUCAUGGGAGAUCACGAUGA